AUGCCGCGUCUGAACACUCAAUACAUGUACAAUCGCGAAUAUGGCUGCGAUGAUAUAGAGUUUGUGCAGGUGGAUGACCUCCAGGACCUUUCGCCACUUCACAGCUUGGUGGUCACAGGAGCACCUUUGGCGAUGGUUCACCUAGUCUACCAAGCAGAUCCAGCAGCCAUGACAGAUGACAUCUUUCUGGAUGCAUGCUAUCAUAGUCCGUGCGAUGUCAUUGAGUUUCUCAAGGGCCAUGUAGUGGAUCACAUCGUAAAGAUUGCGGACAUCAUGUUGGAAACGCUUGACGACGAUGAACACCCAGAGAAGUUCGAGCCUCUUCUUGACUAUUUUCCAGAAGCCCUAACAUAUUCCAAGGAUCCUGAAAGAGUCUCCAGCCCCUUUACCGAGGCGUUUAGGUGUGCAUCUGAGCUUGGCGAUGCUGUCCUACUCAAAAUGAUACAAUGUCUCCCAUGUUCUUCCAAGCAAAUUCAUGUCUCUCUCCAAUGGACCACUACUGAAACCAAACAAGUAAGGUCAGCAUUGGCAUCGAAGGUGCGGUACAUGACAAACCUGGAAUUCUUGAAAUUGCCAAUCGACUACGGAGACUCUUUUGAUUGUAACAUGGUUGAAGCCAUCUCCCACCAAAUUGCAUCUGGUCCGUUGCAGUAUCUCGAAGUCGACGACGCCGGUAUGGAAUCUGGUGGGUUCUUUCUGCCACUUUUGGAUGCUUUGGCUGGAGCUGGUGAUGCCUCCAAGCUGAAAGAGUUCAAGCUCACAGUACCGGCAGCUACCUGUGCUGGUAUGAUCCAGACUGAUACUUACCAAGACCGCAUGAUUGAGAUCUUGCAGUGGAAUACAACUCUAAAAAAUGUCAACAUAGUCAGGUACCGGGACAUCAAUGGCAAGCGCGUAUGUGAGAAAAGCAAGAAGCAGAACAUCAUUGACUACUAUACAGCACUCAACCGCUAUGGUAGGCAUUUGUUGCGAGAUACAGAGAAGCCUCUGGACAUGGCCCAAUUAAUGACCUCGGUGAUUUCACGAGCAGGUACUCAGGAAGGAGUAUGUGUUGAACAGCUUGUUCCAGUGCUCUUUGGGCUCUUGCGGGAAGCACCUGACAAAUGGAUUUCCUUUCGUGGAGGAAAAGGCAACAAACUGGAGGAGAAGAAAUCAAGCCUGAAACGCAAAGCCUCGAGUUCGCUUGACCGAAGUUCUUUCCAGGGCUAG